AGUAGAUAUGAUGUUAUUGUUUUGAUUAUCGGUAUUCCGCACUUGAUAAGGUAAGGAGUGUUAAUACUCGAAUUGGAUUCUCAACAAUCCUGGGAGACAACUAUAUGGUUCAUUUGUUGAUUAAGGUAUCAUGGCCAACAUACUUAUAUAAGGCAAAUCAUGCAUAACCAUGGAUAGAUUACAGUUUGGUAGCAUAAAUUACAGAGAAAUGAUCAUCGAAACGCAAAAUGAUGAUGAACCAGACAAAACGGGGCGAAGAAAUGAUAAAACUGGAGGGGUUGAUGAUAGAUUCAUUCCUGCAAUCAAAGAAGAGUGAUGAGGAUGAAGAUGAGGAGGGCGGCUAUGAAAGAAUACUUGAGAGCAGCCGCCAAAAUCGCCAAGGAAAUGAGGAACAGCUGCCACAGGAUCUGCAGGCUCGCCCACGCCAGCACGCCCGUCAACGCAACCGCCGCCAUGUUUUCCGGAUCCGGAUCUAGCAAUUCAGACCACCUCACGUUCAACCUCGCCCGGACAUCGCGCUUCUCCGCCCUCUUCCUCUCCGCACUUCUCGCUUCUCCGCCGCCGUUGCUCCCCGCUGCGAUUCGAGAUUUGUGGAGGAACAGUUUGCGGGAUUUGAAUCCGUGGAAGGGGAUCUUGUUGGUGGACGGGAGAUUCGAGAUGGAUGCCGCCGGAAGCGGCAGCGCCGGCGGGAUGAGGGUGGAAAAUGAUGCCAAGGCUACCAUUGGAUUCGCGUUUCUGUCUGUUCUCACCGGCGACGAUUGAUUCUGAUAGCUUUUUGCAUCCACUUUCAUUUUCCGGAAUUACCCCUACCUCUUCGAUUCCUGAGGUGCCAUACCAUUGCAGGAUACUCCGCCAGUGGAGGCUAGAGCUGUCAAUCCCUCGAACUCUUUGCCAUACCCAAAACGAGUUGGAACGUGAUAGAAUGAUUUAAGAACGUAGAGAGACUUUAGAGGGGAAUUGAGUAACAUAAAAUAAAGAAUUAAGCUAGGGUUAUACC